AUGCCGGGGAUCAACGGAACGGCGACAACGUCGGACACGCCACCAAUAGGAAGCUACCCAAGCUACGAUCCGGAGGCCAUCCAGCUGCCACCGCACCUCCUCCUCGAUGCAUUCCACGGACUCAACGUGUGCGCUCCCAUGGUGCGAUACUCGAAGCUGGCAUUCCGGACACUCGUAUCCCGCUACGAGACACACAUCACCACAACGCCCAUGAUUCUCGCCAAAGAAUUCAGCAGGACCGAAGCAGCGCGCAAUUCCGAGUUCACAACAAACCAGUAUGAGCGCGGCACAUUCGAGCUGCUUCCCGGUGUCGUUGAAGGAUCCGAAAGUGCGCAGCGACGCUUGCCAAACUCACCGGUCGCCUCGAAUAGGGAAUCCGCAUUGAGCAGGGAGCAGAACCAGACCAAUGGUGAAGCACGUCGAGAGACCCGAGCACAAGAGCACAAGCUUGCCAAACAGAAAGUGCGCGUGCGUGGAGCCCUAGUCGCUCAAUUCGCCUCGAGCGAGCCCGAAGCUUUCGCAGACGCCUCCGAGCUCAUCGGCCGCUUCGUCGAUGGCGUCGAUCUCAAUUGCGGCUGUCCGCAGUCCUGGGCUUACGAAGAGAUGCUCGGCUCGUACCUCCUCCGCCAGCCCGAAACGGUGCGCGACAUGGUGCGUGCCGUCAAAGCGCGCAUGGGUUCCGACUUUUGCGUCAGCGUCAAGAUCCGCAUCGAUCCCGACUUGAGGUUGACGGACGCACUGGUGCGCAACGCGCUGCACGCCGGCGCAUCAGUACUGCAGAUCCACGGGAGAACACGAUGGCAGUCGUCGGCGGGUCAUCCCGUUGAUCUGGAUGGCAUCAAGUUUGCCGUCGAUGCUGCGAACUCUUGCGGGUUCAGGACCAGUUGGGGCUCAAGGGGCGGUGCAGCUGCUAGGUUUGCUGAUGGUGGCAGCGGAGGGUUGGUGCCGUGCGUAGCCAAUGGCGAUGUAUGGACUCUGGACGAUGCGAUUCACUACCGCAAGACGACCGGCUGCAGGGGCGCGAUGAGCGCACGAGGCCUCCUCGCUAACCCAGCGCUCUUCUCGGGCUACGACCAGACUCCACCGGAAGCAGUCGGCCUCUUCCACAACCUCGCCACCACCUGGGGCCUGCAUACGGGCCUCAUCCAGCGUCAUCUGGCGUAUAUGCUCGAGGGCAGUUUCCAGAGUCGAGCCGAGGCGAUUCACUUCAACUCGCUGAGUGGUGCAGCUGCCAUGACGGACUACCUGGCGGAGCAAGGGUAUCUGUGGCAAGACAGCAGCAAGUUGGGCGCGCGUAAGCAUGCUGAUCCACUGGCCGAGAGGUUUGGAUAUGGUGUGGAGAGGAAGGUGAAGGAUGGAGAAGGUGUCGGGCCGAUGAGGUGCUGGUCGCUGAGCGAGUCAUUGGCCGGCACUGGAUUGUGA